UAAGUGUAGUGAGUCAAGGUCCUGAGGAUUAUUUUGUGCAGACCUCUAAAUCACCAGCUUUGUGUAUAUUCUUACAAUCAUAAAAUGUUAUGUUCUUACUUUGCUGUCAGCAGUAUUAUACUAGAAUGAGGCUGGCUUAUAUAAUUGUUGGCAUUCAUCUGAUAUAGGUGUAGUGAAUUGCUUGCUAUAGGUGUACACCCUUUGCAGUUGCGUCCUUAGCUUGCUUACAGUACAACUCGUAUCAUAUAAAAUCAGGAUACAAUGCUUGCAGAGCAUUAUAAGUUUUAUAUCGAAGACAGCAGCACAGAGAGCAAGUUUACCAGUGAACUACCAACUCGGCCCAGCAGAGAAAUGGGAGCUGCAAACACCAAGAUCAUAAAUGCCUUAUCUGGGGUUCUUACCAGGAGGGACUCCAAAAGGGAGGAAGGCACUAAGACGCUGUUCCGAGUCCGUUCCAACAGUCUUGAUUCCAUCAGUACAGCUCUCAGUUUUGGAUCUGCACCUGAACGUCAGCCACCCUCCAGAGCCUCGUCCCUGGACAACCUCCACACUGCACCAAAAUACUCGAGAGUGAUUAACAUUCAUGGCAAGGAGUACAUAUUACUUGACAAUGAGUCAAUAGCCAGUCGUAUUGCAGAUCGAAAGGAAAAUACCUCACGACAUGCUCGUGUAAGGGAAAGUCCCUCAUUGCAAGAUAGAGGAGUUCCAUCACCACGAGUGACGAGGAGGGAGGUGUUGCGUACCCGGUCUGAUCCUGUUCGGAGCAUAUCUCAUUUUGUGAAAGAGCCAGAUCAGUUUUCUGACAACUUUGUGACCGAAGACUCAGCAGAAAGAUCUCUGGUAGACGACUCUCAAGAUUCUCAGGAUCUCUCUACUGAGUCGAAAACACAGUUUAUGCCAACCAGGUCAAUUCUGAAGGACAGAAAGACCGGAUCCUCCCUGGACCAAACCUCAGCAAGUCUGCCUGAUGACCCUGAUCUGCUCUCCAAGCUACUGAGUGACUACCCUCAGAUAGCACCGUCUGUGCUCUCCAAGCUGACUCCAGAGGAGUGGGAUCAGGUUUUCAAUUUCACUUUUGCCAGUCUUGGAAAAUCACUGCAACUAAUCAAACAACUCAUUGAGAAUCAGGCCUUAAACGUUCCAGAAAGCAGAGAAACAAACACCAGUUUCGAUUCUCUAGCUCACAAGCAUGUAACAAUUAACGAAGAAGUUUCCACAUCUACCUAUGAUCGUGGCUCCAUUGUGGCGGGUAUAGAUGGCACCACCUCCGUGCAAACACCAAGUAGUCGUGAGAAACCAAAACAGAGAAGACAAAGAAAGGACAGACCUAACUCUCUCCCUCCCGUCUAUCUGAGAAGCACCGAGUCGCCUGAGUCGUGGAGAGAGCCAAUGUUGGAUGAAUUUGCUCCCACACAUUCCAGAGCUAGAGCAAAUAGUCACGAGGGAAGCUAUUACAGAAGCGGAGUCUUACAAGUUAAUGGUGGCUGGUAUGAAGAAUAGUGGCUAGGGUCUACAAGUGCUGGUGGAAUGAAGAAUGGAAUGGUGGCUACAAGUUCUGGUGUGAAUUAGAAUGGUGGCUGAUUGUGAUUUUGAAAUGGAUGUUCGUUAAUUGAGUGUCAACAAUAGAGCUAGUGCUCAUAAUCCUUGCCAGUACAUGUAUAUGGACUUUUUAGCGUCAGAUUUUCUAGAAACUUAAGUUAUGUUCCUUUCCUUUGGUUUGCCCAUGCUCUAAAUGUCAUCUAUAGGCUCCUGAGUUUUGCUCUGUUUACCACUCUAAUCACUCUAUAUCAGCUGCUCCAAUAUUGGAGUAAGUCUGUCAGCUAUUUACUUAUUCACCCAAUUUUUAAAGCCUACUCAAUUUCUUUCGCUUUUGUUUAGCUUCACUCAAAGAGAUCAAUUUCACAAAUGGCUACUGCUAGCUAGCUGUUUUAACAGGUAUUUUCUGAGUCUUGUAGCUAACAAAAAGCUAGCGCUUUAGUGCAAGGCUAACUCAUAUGUUGAAUAGAAAGUUUGUGCGGACAGAUGAUGCUAUGAAAGAUUCUGAAGAGACUGCAACAGCCUUCAAUGUGAGUCAAAGUAGCCAUAACUCGAGAAAGAAGCUUUAGUUUGCUAAUCUACAAAUCAAAAUCCAAGAGAACGUGGCUAGAAGCCUAUAGAAGCUGUUAGUUUUCAUCGCAUUGCAACCGUUGAGCAGUUACAGCUGCAACAGACACACACACACACACACACACAGCCAGCUUUACCGUAUCCCUCGUGCGGCUACGCCUCGAGGCAUAACUACUAAGUAGAGUAGCAACACUCAGUGAACAAAUUUGCUACGCACUCUUCUGACAAGGCUGCAAUGGCAUUCCAAUUAGGCAUAACUCAAGAACGAAGCAUUAUUUUGCAAAUCCACGAAUUAAAAUCCAAGAGAACAUGACUAGAAGCCUAUAGAAAUGCUUUUAUACUUGUACUUCAUUAAUUGAUCCUUGAGUAGCUGUAGCAGUCUACACACACACACACUGCUGUAUACCUUGCUUGCGCAUGCGCACCGAGGCAUAAUAAUAAUGAUAAUGAUAAUAAUCGUU